AUGAAGACCAGCAUCCUGCUUAUGUUCCUUUGGGGGUUGUCCUGUGCUCUUCCAGUAACCAGGUACCAAAAUACUGAAUCUGAGAGCUCUGAAGAAUGGAAGGGUCAUUUGGCUCAGACACCAACACCACCUUUGGAGAGCAGUGAGUCAUCAGAAGAAAACAAAGUUAGCUCCGAGGAACAGGCAAAUGAAGACCCCAGUGACAGUGCUGAAUCAGAGGAGGGCCUUGAUGAUCAUCAAAAUGUGCACAGGGCAGCUGAUGGCCUCUCUAGGAAUGGAGGAAAAGAAGGAGAUGAUAAAGAUGAUGAUGAAGAUGACAGUGGAGAUGACACUUUUGGUGAUGAUGACAAUAGCCCAGGACCUGAGGAGAGACAAGGAGGAAACUCCAGACUCAAAAGUAAUGAGGACUCAGUUGACAUCACACAAUCCAGGGAAGACAGUGCCCCGCAAGGGGAAGACAGUGCCCCGCAAGGAGAAGACAGUGCCCAAGAUACCACCAGUGAGAGCAGGGACCUUGACAAUGAGGAUGAGGUGAACAGCAGGCUUGAGAGAGGUGACUCUGCUCAAGAGAGUGAGAGUGAGGAGCACUGGGUGGGAGGAGGCAGUGAAGGGGAUAGUAGCCAUGGGGAUGGCUCUGAGUUUGGUGAUGAAGAAAUGCAGAAUGACGAUCCAGACAUUAUCAGGAGUGACAGAGGCAACUCCAGAAUGAACAGUGCUGGUGUCAAAUCAGAAGAAUCAAAAGGAAACAGUGAUGAGCAAGCAAGCACUCAGGAUUCAGGUGACAGCCAAUCAGUGGAGUAUCCCAGGAUGAAAAUUUUCAGAAAGUCCCGUAUUUCUGAGGAAGACGAUAUAGGUGAGCUUGAUGACAGCAACACAAUGGAAGAAAUCAAGAGUGACUCAACAGAAAACACCAACUCCAAAGAAGCUGGCCUCAGCCAAUCCAGGGAAAACAGCGAGAGUGAAUCUCUAGAAGAGAGUGAGGAGACUCAGUCUCAAGAAGACAGUCAAAAUGUACAAGACCCCAGCAGUGAGUCUAGUCAAGAGGUUGAUCUGCCAUCUCAGGAAAAUAGUAGUGAAUCUCAGGAAGAGGCGGUGAGUGAGUCCAGGGGUGACAACCCAGAUAACACCACCAGUCACUCAGAAGAUCAGGGAGAUAGUGACUCCAGUGAAGAGAACAGCUUGAAUAAACCCUCCAGUUCAGAAAGUGAAUCCACAGAGGAGCAAGCUGACAGUGAAUCCAAUGAAAGCCUCAAAGACUCAGAGGAGAGCCCAGAGUCCACUGAGGAGGAGAAGAGUUCUAGCCAGGAGGGCCUCCAGUCUCACAGUGCCUCAGCAGAGAGCCAGAGCGAAGAAAGCCAUUCUGAGCAGGACAGCCAGUUUGAGGAAGACGAUGCCAGUGAUUCUCAGGACAGCAGCAAAUCAAAAGAAGACAGCAACUCUACUGAGAACAAAUCAAGCAGUGAAGAAGAUGGUCACUCAAAAAACACUGAGAUAGAAAGCAGAAAAUUAACAGUUGAUACUUAUCACAACAAACCCAUUGGGGAUCAAGAUGACAAUGACUGCCAAGAUGGCUAUUAG